AUGUCGUACGAGGAAAAAAACAAAUAUGAUUGUCUUUUAUUUGACAUAGAUGAUACUCUUUACCCUCUCAGUUCUGGUUUGGCUACCGAGGUUAAGAAAAACAUUCAAGAGUAUAUGACUCAGAAACUUGGUAUUGAACAAGAUAAAGUCCAAGAACUUUGUCUUUCGCUCUAUAAAAUCUAUGGAACAACUAUGGCUGGUCUCAAGGCUGUUGGUUAUGACUUUGAUUAUGACGAUUUCCAUCGUUUUGUUCAUGGGAGAUUGCCAUACGCAACACUGAAGCCUGACCCAAUUUUGAGGAAUAUCAUUCUUAGCUUGCCUAUUCGUAAAGUUGUUUUCACGAAUGCAGACAAGGCUCAUGCAGCCAAGGUUAUUGCCAGGCUAGGCCUUGAGGAUUGCUUUGAAAGAAUCAUUUCUUUCGAGACUCUGAACCCCCACACCAAAACUGAAUCUCAUGUUGAUAUCGAAACCAGAGAAAUCUUCGACAUAAGCAGUUACAUUGCAAAUCCUGAUCCGAGCGCCGAGCUCCCUAAGACUCCGGUUAUAUGCAAACCAUCUGAAGGAUCAUUUGAACAUGUUUUCAAGAUGGCCAACAUCAAUCCUCACAAGACAUUGUUCUUUGAUGACAGUAUUCGCAACAUUCAAUCCGGGAAACGCGUGGGUCUCCACACCGUAUGGGUUGGGACCUCGCACAAAGAGGAAGGAGUAGAUAUUGCAUUGGAGCAUAUUCACAACAUACGCGAAGCACUUCCCGAGCUAUGGGAAGCUGUUGACGACAAAGCCAAGGAGAUUAGAUCCAGGCAAAAAGUCGCCAUUGAAACCAUUGCUUAA